CCAGAUUCUCGCUUUCUUAGCUCCAACCCAGAUCAAUUUUCCAUCGGAUCCUACUACAAAAACUAGUAAAACUGUUCACCAUUAACUAGGUUUGUUCACCAUUAAGAAGCACAUAACUAUUGGAGUUUAAUCAUCCCUUUUGCUUCUUGGCUUCUUGAGAAGUUACUACUGAUAUUUUUGGUUCGUUUUCAAGAAUACCAGAGAAAAUGCCACGUUGCAGCAACAGUUUGCUUGGGAUACUGAAUUUUCUGACGUUGUUGUUGUCAAUCCCAAUAAUUGCAGGUGGGAUUUGGCUAGCAAAGCAGUCCAAUACUGAAUGUGAACGUUUUCUUGAAAAGCCAGUGAUAGUAUUGGGGGCGUUUCUGCUGUUGGUUUCAUUGGCAGGACUCAUUGGAUCAUGUUGCAGAGUUUCAUGGCUUCUUUGGGUGUACCUUUUGGUCAUGUUUCUGUUGAUUCUGCUCCUCUUUUGCUUCACAAUCUUUGCGUUUGUGGUUACAAAUAAAGGUGCUGGUGAGGCCCUUGCAGGUAAGGGGUAUAAGGAGUACAGGCUUGGGGAUUACAACACUUGGUUGCAGAAAAGGGUGAACAAAAAUUGGCCCAGGAUUAGAAGUUGUAUUCAGGACUCACAGAUCUGCAAGCGCCUGAUUGAACAAGGUGCCACUCCUUUAGGACAAUUUAACAAGGAAACGCUUUCUGCUCUUCAGUCUGGAUGCUGCAAGCCACCAGAUGAGUGCAAAUUCACCUAUGUCACUCCAACCAACUGGACCAAUCCAGGAACAGCAGGGUCUACUAAUCCAGACUGCGCGGCUUGGGGUAAUGAUCAGAAAGUUCUAUGCUACAACUGCCAAUCAUGCAAGGCUGGUCUGCUGGACAAUAUCAAGAGUGAUUGGAAGAAGGAGGCCAUUCUGAAUAUUAUAGUGCUGGUCUUCCUCAUCAUAGUAUACUCUAUAGGAUGCUGCGCAUUCAGAAACAACAGGGAGGAUAAUGCAUGGAAGCGCUACCCUUGAGCGAUCAAGCUCAUAUCUGAGUAGAUAUUAGAGUUUGGAGUGAAACUGGUUUUGUAAUAAUGUAUGCAAUACAACUUCCUACCUAUUUGUUAGUUGCUUCUAUGUAUAGCUUGAUUUUGCUCAUUCAGACCAUGUUGGAUGAUUAAUUUCCUACGUUAAUGCUUAGUUUCUAUAUAGACUUUUCAGUCUUUGACAAAAACAUUGGCAGAUUUCCCUGCCAUGUUCAGAUCUGCUUCUGAACAGGUUCUGCUCUGCAUGCUUGAGUUUGAUCUCUAAAGUUUUGGCCUUCAAAAUUUGUCGGAUU